AUGGCGUCGACCCUCCUGUCGGGCGUGCCAUUUUGCGGCACGCGCGAUGUGGACCUGCUCCUUUGUUCGCCAGUGACAACGGGCGCCCUAAUCGCCGUCGUCAGCGCCCUGACGGCAUACAUCCUCCGGGGUCGCUAUGCUCGGCGCCUGUGGUCAUGGACUCUCGACCGGCGGCGGGCCGCCUCCUCCUCGGAAGUCGACAGGUCCAUGGACAGCGAACUGGCCCUCAUGUCGCCAAGCGUCUCUUCGCCCAGCUCCGGCCCGACAACCCCCACCACCGGCAGCGCCAAUGCCACCGCCACCGCCACCACCACCACCACCACCACCAAGACCACGUCCCCGGCCGCGGAUGGCGAUUCGGCCCCGGUGGAAUUCAGCCGCUGGCUACUCAAGGCCUGUCACAUCCUCCUGAUCUGCACCGUGGCUGUGGACCUGGUGGCGCGCAUUCAACGCAUCGAUCCGGUCAGUGGCAGUGCCGCCAUGUACCAGCAGGCCAGCUCCGGCAGCGAUGGGGUCGGAUCGGUGUCCACCGCGCCGCCGGCCUUCGCCCUGCUGGCGGACAUUCUCCUGCUCCUGGCCUACAGCAUCGGCCUGUCGCUGCUGAUGCGCAGCAAGUCCACCUCACCGGCCGGCGCCGGGGCCUCUCUCCUGGGCAGUGGACGCCAUGGGGCUGCCCUUGCUGCCGGGCCGGCCUUCCUAUUUUGGGUUGGUGCUCUGAUUGGCGUGCUGGUCGAAAUGUCCGGCCAUGUGUCGGCUCUGGGCCACGAGCUGGUCAGUGGCAUCGGCCACCUCAUCACAUCCAUCUACCUGGGGCCCUUUGUGAUGCUCAUCUGUCGGUUGGUGGUCAUCAUCCUGAUCGUCAUCUUCGGGUUCAUCCUCUUUGUGGAAGACAUUCGCCAGGGGAUGCGUCGCGCGCGCACGCGCGCCUCCUCGGCCGCCUAUGCCCCGUUGUCCUCGGUGGAGGAUGGCCAAGCGGAUGUUCCCACUCCGGAGGACGUCUCCGGCGAAGUGGCCUCCCCCCGUGCGGGUGGUGUCGGCACCGCGGCCGUCUCCCCGGUGGAGGAGGAAUUCGAAGAGUGGAAGGACAUGGCCCACCGGCUUAUUCCCUUUGUCUGGCCGAAGGACCGGCCGGGCUUGCAGUUCCGCAUCGUUGUCUGCAUCUUCAUCAUCAUCCUCGCGCGCCUGGUCAACAUGCUGGUUCCCGUGCUCAACAAGCGCAUCAUCGACGCCUACACGGCGCCCCUGACCCCGAAUGCCCUGAGCCUUCCGCUCGGCGACCUGGCCUCGGCCGUGCUUCUGAUCCCCGUGCCCUGGGGUGACAUCGUCCUGUAUCUCUUCCUGAAGCUGCUGCAGGGGGGUGGCGGUAGCGCGGCCCUCGGCAUGCUUUCCAAUGCUCGCAAGUGGCUCUACAUGCCCUGCUCGCAGUUCACCUUCCGCAUGCUUUCACGCGCGGUCUUCUCCCACCUGCAAUGCCUCUCGCUGGCGUACCAUGCCAAGCGCAAGACCGGCGAGGUGCUGCGUGUGGUCGACCGCGGGACUUCCUCCGUGGCCGAAGUCGUUGAGACCGUGGUCUUUUCGGUCGGGCCAUCCAUCAUCGACAUCGGUGUGUCCAUUGCCUACUUUGUGAUUGCUUUUGAUGUGUACUUUGGCGCAAUCGUGGCCCUGGCGAUUUCCAUCUACAUGGUGGCCACGGUGUAUGUGACCGCCUGGCGGACGAAGUUCCGCCGAGUCAUGAAUGAACGCGACAAUGCUCUUCGCCAGACGUCGGUCGAUUCGCUGCUCAAUUACGAAACGGUCAAACUCUACGGCGCCGAAGCGCUGGAGAUCCGUCGCUACGUCCGUGCCAUUCGCCGGUACCAGCGCGCCGACAUCCUGACUGUGCUGUCCUUCAUCCUGCUGAACUCCAUCCAGAAUUUCCUCCUGGUGGCCGGCCUGGCGGGUGGCAUGAUCCUGGUGUGCAUGCGAGUGUCGCAUGGGCGCCUGACCAUCGGUGACCUGACCCUCUUCCUGACGUACUUCAGUCAGAUUGCCUCGCCUCUGAAUUGGCUCGGGUCGCAGUACCGCUCCAUCCAGCAGAGCAUCGUCGACGCCGAGAAAAUGAUGGCCCUCAUGAAGGAGCCCAUUGACAUUGUCGACUCCCCGGGUGCGGUGGACCUCACGGAAGUGGGCAGCCAGUUUGAUCUGGAGUUCGAAAAUGUCCACUUUACCUACAAGGGGUCUGACAGGCCCUCGCUCAAUGGCGUGAGCUUCCGCAUUCCGGCUGGCAAGUCUUGCGCCCUGGUUGGAUCCUCCGGCAGUGGCAAGUCGACGCUCCUUCGCCUGGCGGGACGCCUGUACGAUGUCACCGAGGGCGCGGUCAAGAUCGGCGGCCGUGACGUGCGCCAUGUGUCCCUGGAAUCCUUGCGCCGGGUGGUCGGUGUGGUUCCGCAGGAUGUGGCCCUCUUUGAUGCCAGCAUCCGCUUCAACAUCGCCUAUGGCGAUCCGGACACGGCGGCCGCCGUGGACCGGCGCAUUGUGGCUGCCGCCCAGGCGGCCCACAUCCAUGCCCUGGUGGACAGCCUGCCCGAGGGGUAUGGCACUCGGGUGGGCGAGCGCGGCGUGCGCCUGAGCGGUGGCGAGAAGCAGCGCGUGGCCAUUGCACGCACCCUGCUCAAGAACCCACCGGUUCUGCUGCUCGAUGAGGCCACCUCUGCCUUGGAUACAGUCACCGAGCGUGCGGUCCAGCAGUCCAUCCAGGAACUGAUCCGCGGCCCGUCAGCCGCAACGGGCCUGGAAAGACGCAGCCUCAACACCGUGCGCACCAGUCUUGUGAUUGCACAUCGUCUGUCGACCAUUGUCGACUCGGACAUCAUCCUCGUCAUGAAGCAUGGCCAAAUUGUUGAGCGCGGCACCCAUGAGUCUCUGCUGGCCAUUGAGGGGGGCGAGUACAGCCGCCUCUGGCAGGAGCAGCUCAAGAUGGAGCAAGAUACCCUCACGCUUUGA